CUUGUUUGCGUGUGACUUUAAUAAUUUUACUGACAAUCAAAUGUUUUCCUUUCACUGCUUCACUUUACAUCAACUAGCUUUACCAAACUCGUUGCGGUUUCUUCCCCAGUACUUCCACGAGUUAUUAUGAUAUAUUUGCAGUGAUAUGUUGUUUUUGUUAGUUUGUGUGACGUGUACGGCAAUGUUGUUUCUUUUUACAUAUUUAAAUAUUCCAGAGUAAAUUUCAUAAAUACAGCAUCAUACUAGAACUGAGGUUCAGUUAAUUUUGGAUUUCUUUGUGGAAAGUGUGUUGAAUUAUUAUUCAGAUUGUCUUGAUAUUGUAGCAAUCAUGUUUAUUCAACAACUAAAUAUUUCCAGGAAUAAUUAUAUGUUGCAUGUUGUUACUGAUUUUGGACUCUAAGGGACGCUGUAGGUCAAUCCAACAUUAUCUCUUAAACAUUACCACACAGUCCCCUCCCUUAGCACCGUGGCGUAUGAGAGAGAAAGGAGGUAGUGUGCAGUAUGUGGGCUGACAUUCGAGGAAAACACAGUCGCAUCUAUUGAUAUCUCCUGUCAGAUAUAUACAGUAAAUUGAAAAAGCAAUCUUUUUUUUUCUUAAGAGGUACAUUCAGUGGAUUUCUAUUAGUCAGAAUACGUAUGGUGCUUGGAUCUUUGGAGCAUAUUUUCGUGUUUUUCUUCUGCUAUGGCGUGCGGACUACCACCCUACUCCCGGUGCGUAAAAUGGCGCUUUGGCUGCGGACAGGAUUGGAAGCUUCUGUUGUUCCUUUUUUAUCUCAACCAUAUGGUCAGCGGACAUAUCCGGUAUUCAAUCCCGGAGGAGAUGAAGAAGGGCUCUCUAAUCGGGAACGUAGCACAGGACCUCGGUUUGGAUCUGAAGAGGCUCCGUUCUGGUCGGGCCCGUAUCGUGACCGGAGAAAACAUCCAGUACACCGAGCUGAAGACAGACAAAGGGACGCUGGUAGUGAAUGAGAGAAUAGACCGAGAGCAGCUUUGUGGAGACGUAACGCCGUGUAGCUUCAGCUUUGAGGUGAUUUUAGAAAACCCGAUGGAGUUGCAUCAAAUUACAGUUGAAAUAACAGACAUAAAUGAUCAUUCGCCUACGUUCAAAAGAAAUAGCAUCAAUUUCGAAAUCAGCGAAUCAGCAAAUGCUGGCGCUCGGUUUUCACUGUCGAGUGCAGAAGACCCAGAUGUGGGCAUCAAUGGACUCAGAGAAUAUUUUCUAAGCGAGAAUGAGAAUUUUGUUCUGAAGCAAAACUCUAAUGCAGAUGGAAAGAAAUAUGCAGAGAUGGUGCUUCAGAAGCCAUUAGACAGAGAGACCAACCCUAAUCUGUCUCUGAAGCUAAUAGCCGUAGACGGUGGAACUCCGCAGAGAUCUGGUACAGUAAAUAUAGAUAUCACUGUUCUUGAUGUUAAUGAUAAUUCACCAAUAUUCAAUCAGUCUGUGUACAAAGCUACAGUAAUGGAGAACUCUCCCAGAGAUACUUACGUUACAACUGUUAAUGCGAGUGACGCAGAUUUUGGGUCGAAUAGUAUUGUAACGUAUUAUUUUUCAGAUCUCAACAGUGGUCUCGGUGAUUUAUUUAUGAUUGAUGAACAAACUGGCGUCAUUUCAAUAACAGGUUCUGUUGAUUAUGAAAAAGACAAAAAGUAUGAGCUUAGAAUCGAUGCAAAAGAUCAGGGAGGUUUAACGGAUUCAAGUAAAGUGGCAAUUGAAGUAACUGAUGUAAAUGACAACGCCCCUAUAAUCAGCGUCAUGUCAUUCACUAGUCCUGUAUCAGAAGACUCUCCUCCUGGUACAACUAUUGGCAUUAUAAAUGCAAAAGACCUCGAUUCAGGUGAUAACGGACAGGUAAACUGUAGAAUAGAACAAAAUGCACCUUUCAAGAUCAAAUCUAAUUUAAGAAAUUACUAUACUUUGGUAACAGAUACUGUAUUAGAUCGUGAAAGUGUUUCAGAGUAUAACAUCACUGUUGUUGCGACAGAUGCAGGAAUGCCUCCUCUCUCGACAAAAAGAACCUUUCAUUUAAAGGUCUCUGAUGUGAACGAUAAUGCUCCAGUGUUUUCACAAAGUCUUUACAACGCGUUUGUUGCAGAGAAUAACUCUCCAGGUGUUUCUGUUCUCACGCUGAGGGCUAAAGAUCCUGAUGAAAACCAAAACGCCCGUAUAUCUUAUAUUCUGGAAGAUUUUAACAUCGGUGGAUCUCCAGUUUCAGGAUAUGUUUCUAUAAAUGCAGAAAGCGGAGUGAUACAUGCAGUGCGCACAUUUGAUUAUGAGCAAAUCAAACAGCUGGUUUUCGUCGUCAAGGCGCAGGAUGGAGGUUCCCCUCCACUCAGUAGCAACGUGACUGUGAAAUUAAUGAUCCAGGACCAGAACGACAACCCCCCUCAGGUUCUGUAUCCAGUCCAGACUGGUGGCUCUCUGGUGGCUGAAAUGGUGCCUCGUUCAGCAGAUGUGGGCUAUCUGGUCACUAAAGUGGUGGCUGUUGAUGUGGACUCUGGACAGAAUGCCUGGCUCUCCUAUAAACUGCAGAAAGCCACAGACAGGGCGCUGUUUGAAGUGGGCUUACAGAAUGGAGAAAUAAGAACUAUCCGCCAAGUCACUGAUAAAGAUGCUGUGAAACAAAGACUGACUGUUAUAGUGGAGGACAACGGGCAGCCCUCUCGUUCAGCUACAGUCAUUGUUAACGUGGCGGUGGCGGACAGCUUCCCUGAAGUGCUGUCUGAGUUCACUGACUUUACACACGACAAGGAGUACAAUGACAAUCUGACAUUUUACUUAGUGCUGGCUCUGGCUGUAGUCUCCUUCCUCUUCAUCACGUGUUUAGUGGUUAUUAUCUCAGUGAAGAUCUACAGGUGGAGACAGUCUCGCGUCCUGUAUCACUCCAGUCUCCCUGUGAUUCCAUAUUAUCCACCACGUUACUCAGACACUUUGGGGACAGGGACUCUCCAACACGUGUACAACUACGAGGUGUGCAGGACGACUGACUCCAGAAAGAGUGACUGUAAGUUCGGAGGAGCCGGUAGUCAGAACGUGCUGAUAAUGGACCCCAGUUCUACAGGGACGAUGCAGCGGAUACAGAGUGAGAAGAGCAUCCUGGAUGAACCAGACUCUCCUCUAGAGGUCAGUUAAAUUAUGUAGCUU